AUGUGGGCAACCACGGCGGUCGUGGCCCAGAUGGGAGAGCUUCUGGUGGAUCUGAUUCUGAAGUCAAUGUGGGCAACCACGGCGACGAUAAAGAUCAUGACCCAGAGCGAUGAGGAUAUGGAUAUGGACCUUAUGCUGGACGAGGACGAAAACAUUGAGGAGGAUUCACUGGGUCUGAGGGACGAUGAGAUCGGAGAUGUGUGGGGGGACAUUGCUAGUGGACCGGAGGACAAAGACGUGGAUAUCGUCCGUGGGGAGAUUGUCAUCCCUGACAGCCAGGAUGAUCCGGAGUUUGAAGACGAGGUCAUCAGUGACCGGCUUCAACUAACAAUGCGGGCCACAAUCCAAUAUCUACAGGAGUACAGCAGAGGUACCAACCUGUUAAAUCUGGAUUUGGAAGAAAGGCAUUUAUGUCUAUCCUACUGGCACCUAUUGGGUCGCGUUGAUGUUGACUGGAUCAUGCAACAGCUGAUGAAGGCAAUUCCACGGGAGGUACAAAAUUUGUUCGAGAAGGAUUCGUUUACUCUGGAAGAUUGGCUUGAAUUGCCUGAUGCGGACACGGAAGGCCGGAUGGGAAUAUACGUGUUUAUUGUGGUAGAGGAUGAAACCAUUGAUGGUGACCUCAUUAUCGCAAUAUACGUGGGAUCGAGCAUCAAAAUUCAGGGGUUCUUCAAUACAGAUGCCAACGAGAUGUCACCCUGUGCUCACUGUGGGAUGAUGACUGGAUCUCGCAAAGAUAGGAGGAUGAUGGAAGGUACUGAAGAAGCCCUUCAUAUCCAAUUCACACGGUUUUGUGAAUUCUCUGGUAACCCACUCGGCCGUUAUCGCUACGGGUGGUGCCAUGAUUUCAACGAAUGGAAGGGAAGGUUACCAAACAAAGAGGAGGUGAAUGAGAGAAUAUCCUGUUGUUUGAUACAAGGAAAGUUGAAAUGGAACCGAGAAAAUCCUGAGAGUGGAUAUGAAUUCAGGUGUGCUCAAUGCGGCGCAAAUGAUGGACCGGAUAACCAAUUAUUCCGUGAAAAGUCAGGGCGCAUUGUGUGUUAUGGUCUCUGUGCGUUGAAAGCAAACAUUGAGAGGAAGAAGGAGUUGUUCAGAAAUCGAACAGAGGACCCGGAGUACUUGAAGAGGCGUACUGAGGAGUGGAAGGAGUGGUAUAGAAAGAAAAUGGAGAACCCAAAGGCGCGGAGCUUACAUACCGAGAGGCGGAGGGAGCUAUACAGAAAGCGAAUGGAGGAUCCGGAGGAGAGAAGGAAGUAUAGCGAGAAGAGAAUGAAGCAGCACAAAAAGAUGAUGGAGGACCCGGAUGCGAGGAAGAGGUACAACAAGAUGAGAGCGGAUAUGCGGAAAAGGAAUGUGAAAGUGGAGAAGCCAGAGGCCAGGGAUAUCAGAAAUGAAAAGUGGAGGGAGAAUUACAAAAAGAUGAUGGAGGACCCAGAGAAAAAGAAAAUCUAUAACGCAAAGAGAAAAGAGCGGAUGAGAAGGAGAAAGGCGGAUCCAGAAAAAAGAAAGAGGGAUAACGAGAGACGGAGAGAACGGAGGAUAAAGGACCAAGAGACGAAGACCAUGGCAAACCAGAAGCAGAGGGAGACAACCAGAAAGAAAAGGGAUAACCCAGAAGCGAGGAAGAGGGACAAUGAGAUCGCCGCGGCGAGGAAGAGAAAGAGAAGGGCAGAACUAAAGGAGAACAAGAGGGCAAAAACGGAGGAGGAAAAGGCAUGA